CAAGCACACACGAAAAAUAACUUUUCUUCCUGGUCUGCAGCAGCUGCUCGCACGUGAGUUGGAACGUUGUCCUGGAGAUGUUAACAAACCCAGAAGGACUGAAUGAUGACCCGGAUGAGGGGUUCGGGGCCUUCGUGGCGCUGCAGGGUGGGGCCCUACAGUCCUCAGGGGUCCCUCAGGUCUAUUGGAGGAGCCUCUAUCACAAGAUCACCAACGAGGUCUACGAUGCCGGCGAGGUGUUUGGAAUAAUGCAGGUCCAGCAGGAGGAAGAUGGUGAAAAUGGAGAGAGGAAAAAAGGCAAUUAUGGAGUGGUGAUUGGGUGUAAAGUGGUUGUUACUCGGGAAAGUGGGCUGGAAGUCUCCGAUCCAACCAGCAUCUUUCUGGUUGACCAUGCUUGGACAUACCGGGUGGAGCACGCCCGGCAGCAACUGGAGCAGAUUCCGGGACUGCUGCCCAGGAUGGCCUCCCUCAUGGGGGUGGACUUCCACGGCGAGGACCCUCCUCCAGACGUAGUGGAGUUGAUAUUGGAGCGCAUGUGGAAAUACAACCAGACCUACCAGCUGUCCCAGGGGUCAGCAGAAGAAAAAGUUCCUGUGUGGUACAUCAUGGAUGAGUUUGGCUCCCAGGUGCAGCACUUGGACCAUCCCAGCUGCUGCAUGGCCCCCUUCUUCUACAUGCAGGGUCAGCUGGCCUACACUCUGCUCUGGCCUCUGCAAGAUCUGCAAGAAGGUGAUGAAGUAACCCGCGAUUAUGCAUAUGGGGAGACCAACCCGUUGCUACGGAGAUGCCGGUUGUUACCGUGGAUACAUGAUGAUCUGGAAGGAGUGAGCAGUGCCGUCACAGAACCAGCAGAUUCUUACUAUGAGGCCAUCGCACGAGAGAACAAGGAACAGCUUCCUGUUGAAAUCCAACCUUCUACUGUUCCCAACGACAAAAUCCUCAAAGUCUUCACUCAAAUGUCUCAAGUAAGACACAACCUGACGCAUCCUCGCUUUAUUCUGGUGGAGGAAGAGGAUGAGGCUGACAUCAUUUGGAAUUAUGAUCACAUCAAAGACUACAGGAAGCUGAGUGAAGAGCGGCCUCAUGUCAUGCUGAACCAGUUCCCCUGUGAGAGCUUAGUGACAGUGAAGGACUGCCUGGCUGCCAUGGGCCGCAGGCUGAAAGGCGGUCCCACAUCUGACUGGCUUCCAGAGACCUUCAACCUCCAGACGGAGCUUCCACACUUCAUCAAACAUUAUCAGCUGAGACGACUCAGGGGAGAAGACAACUACUGGAUCUGUAAGCCGUGGAACUUGGCCCGGGGUCUGGACACACACAUCACCAGUAAUCUGAACUGUAUCAUCAGACAGAGAGAGAGCACACCAAAGGUGGUGUGUAAGUACCUGCAUGAUCCGGUGCUAUUCAGCAGAGAAGAAGUAGGAAUGGUAAAGUUUGACAUUCGCUACAUGCUGAUGCUGCGCUCGGUGCAGCCACUGCGUCUCUUUGUCUAUGAUGUCUUCUGGCUGCGCUUCGCCAACAAGCCCUUCUCUUUGGAUCAUUUCGAUGACUACCAGAAACACUUCACUGUUAUGAACUAUGCAGAAGGAGUGCAGCUUAAACAGGUUCACUAUGAUGAGUUCAUCCCCAUGUUUGAGCAACAGUACCCUCAGUAUCCAUGGAAAGACGUGGAAGCAGGCUUAUUUAAGGCUUUCAAGGAAUUCUUCCAAGCCGCUUCAUCUCGGCCAGCACCGUAUGGAAUCUGUCCAUAUCAGUCAUCCCGGGCCAUCUAUGCUGUGGAUCUCAUGUUGAAGUGGUGUCAAGGGCAAAAUGGUGAGCGGUUCAUGCAGCCUCAGAUCCUGGAGUUGAACUUUAGCCCUGACUGUGCCCGGGCCUGCCUCUACCAUCAUGACUUCUACAACCACGUGUUCCAGACUCUGUUCCUGGAUCAGCCUGAGAACUGUCCAGUCACUCAGAUAGUGUGAACAAAGCUUCACUACAGAUGGUUUAGGCUUUUAUCAGCUUUUUCAGUAUUAAACUGACUGAUGUGUUUCACUGCAACAUAUUUUGUCCAAUCAAUUAUAAGGUAAACGACCUGCUCAGAAA